GACAGUGAACUGUUUAUGACUUUUGGAGUCCCUGAAACGAUAGUGUCAGAUAACGGGUCCCAAUUUCGGUCGAAAGCGUUUCGAGGAUUAAUGCAGGAAUAUAGCAUUAAUCAUACUCUGACUGCUGUUUAUUCACCUCAGGCUAACGCCUCGGAGCGUGUAAAUAGGUCGGUCAUAUCCGCCAUUAGAGCGUAUAUACGCCCGGAUCAGAAGGAUUGGGAUGAAGUUCUGAACAGGAUAUCCUGUGCGCUGAGGUCUUCCAUACACUCCAGCCUUGGAACAAGUCCGUACUACAUGGCUUUUGGACAGCAUAUGGUUACCUCUGGUUCAACCUAUUCUCUGCUCCGACGUUUAAAUCUUUUGAACGAUCGUUCGCUACGAUUUGGCAGGCAGGAUUCUUUCGAAAUAGUUCGCAAACAAGCAUGCGAGCAAAUGUACAGAAAGCACGAGGAAAACAAGAAGCGCUAUGAUCUCCGUACUCGUAAUGUCACGUAUACUGAAGGUCAAGAGGUAUAUCGACGUAACUUUAAGCAAAGCUGCUUUCAAACUGGAUAUAACGCCAAAUUCGGUCCAAUGUUUGUAAAGUCUCGGAUUCGAAGAAAGAUCGGUAACCUCUACUAUGAACUGGAAGACCUUCAAGGAAAAGUUGUAGGUACUUACCACGCUAAAGACAUUCGACAAUAGCUUCAGUCGGAAUCAGUCUAGAGUAUUCUCUCGAUCAUACCCUAGUCUGAUUUUAGCGGGGGGGUUUUGUACUGGCGACUGAAGCCAAAGAAAAAUUCAAAUGUUUUUAUAUUUGGCGCCAAAGAUCGUAAGCGUAGAUUACCGAUUAGGUAAACUUAGAGUUGCCAUCCGAGAUGCAGCUUCUUAUCAGCUGUAUGCAGGUAUGCACUGGAAAGCUGUAUUUACCUAUGAUGGCGCUGUGUUUGACUGACGUGUAUUUCCGCUCUGGAAUCUUAGGUUCUUUUCAAUCGAACCUUCAGAGCAGAAAGACCUGUCCAUAUUACCCAGAUAAACCUGCCUAAUCUGCCAACCCACCCAAGGAAGGAAGAAAAAUAGGAACCCUUAGGAGUUACCGGCCUUGCCCAGGAAAAUCCACCUCCACGUGGCUCAUCCAACGGCCCGGCAUCCAAGUGGAGCACACCCUGAGCCGGCCCAGCGAUCCUCAGUGUCCCGCGGAGCGCCUUAUUCAUCCCAUCGAGGGAUCGGCAACUCCGUGGGCCAGCAUUUUUUUUGAUUGUGACAGUGGGCGAAAAAGCCUAGUGGGAGUGAAAAAUGUGAAUUUAACCUAAAGUCCCCAAAAAAACCACGUGUACACAGAGAAAAAUAUAAAACA